AUGGCGGAGGCGGAGCAUUUGCUGCAGCUCAGGGCGUUGCUGACGCCCCAGGUGGUAGAGAAGGUUGAGAAGCCGGCGAAGGUGGAGGAGGGGCCAGACUGGACCAACCGCUACUGCGUGGUGGACGCUUCAUCGCCUUCAACGCCUUUAGGGUCCUUGCGGCCGCCGCUGCGGGCGGAGGUGGCGGAGGCCCUGCAGCGCGCCAAGUUCGACCCGCUCUUUCCCAUCCAGGCCGCUGUGAUCCCUUUGCUGGCCAAGUGUGCAGAGAGCGCCCGCGACCCCGACUCUGCUUAUUGUUGUGACGUUUGCGUGGCAGCACCUACUGGACAGGGAAAGACCUUGGCGUAUGCGGUGCCCAUUGUGCAGGCGCUGCUGGAUCGACUCCGGCCUGCGGUGCGGGCUCUGGUGCUGCUGCCCACCAGAGACCUGGCCAUGCAGGUCUUCCGCGUCUUCGAGAGCCUCCGCCGCGCGCUGCCGAGCGGCUCGACGCCUUUGCGGCUGCAACUGGCGGUGGGGGCCAAGGCGCUGGCGCAAGAGCGGCGGUUGUUGUUGGAGGCGCCGGACAUCUUGGUCUGCACGCCUGGGCGCCUGGCAGAGCACUUCCUAGGCCGAGACGCCUGCCUCGACUUCAGCAAGCUGCGCUGGUUCGUGGUGGACGAGGCGGACAGGCUCCUGACACAGACCUACCACCGUUGGUUGGAGAUCCUGGACCGCGCCACCAGCGGAGCCGGAACCGCGCGGCCCCAGAAGCUGCUCUUCUCGGCCACCAUGACCUGGGACCCCCGGAAGCUGGCAGCCCUGAAGCUCCUGCGGCCCCUCUACUUCUUCUCCUCCCGCUCGGGGCAGCACGCCACGCCCGCGCAGCUGCGACAGCACUGGGUGCGCUGCCCGGCGGCCUCGAAGCCCCUGGCGGUGCUGCACCUCUUGGAGCAUGUGCUGGAGACAGUGCCUGACGGGGAGGCGCCCAAGGUCAUCGUUUUCUGCCAGUCCGUGAACACGGCGCAUCGGCUCAGCCGGCUGCUGCAGAUCUGCUGCGCCCUGCGGAAGGUGCCCUUCGAGGAGGAAGCGGAGGAGGAGCCAAAGACCGAGGACGAGAUGGUCCAGGCGGACCCCGACUCCGCGGCCGCGGCGCCGACGGCGCCGACGGCGCCGACGGCGCCGGACGUCACGGUGGCCGAGUUCUCCUCGACGCUGCAGCAGGCCGAGCGGAACCAGCUGCUGAAGCGCUUCCGCCGGGGCCAGGUGACGUGCUUGGUGUGCUCGGACGUGGUGGCCCGUGGGAUCGACAUCCCGGAGGUGCACGCGGUGGUGAACUACUCGGCCCCGUCGCACAUCCAGACCUACAUCCACCGGGUGGGCCGCACCGCCCGGGCCGGCAAGGUGGGGCACACCUUCACCUUCGUGACCUCCGGGGACAUGGCCCGCUUCGAAACCAUGCUGCGGGAGAGCGCGGACUGCUGGGACCGCAUCAGCAAGUUCCCCAUCCCCAAGGAGGCCAUCGACUGCCACGAGCGGUGGUGGACCCCUGCGCUGCGCCAGCUCCAAAGGUGUUUGGACCUGGAGACCAAGGGCAAAGUCAGCAGCACGCGGCCCCUGCGCCUGGAGGACCUCAACCAGGUUGCUGAAAAUCUGGAAGAGACGGAGAAGGCGAAGAAGAAGAAGACGGAGUCAAAGGAGAGGGAGAAGGGAAUCAUGAAGAAGCAGAAAGAAAAGGAGAAGAAGUCGGGGAUCAAGAAGCAGCAGAAAAGCAAGGAGAGGGAGAACAGCCAGGAUAAGGAGAAAGGCAAGAAGAGGGACAAAGUCAAGGAGAAGGAGAAAAGCCAGGAGGUGAAACGCAAGAAGGACGGCAAAAGGGAGAAGGAGACAAGCAAGAAGGCAAAGGGCGAGACACGUGAGGUUCAGAAAGAAUCGGAGGAGGUGGGAGGGAAGAAGACGAGGCUUGAACAGACCACGGAGCCAGAGUCACUUCUAGACUUUCUACGAGGCUGUGGUUCUGGAUGA